AUGGGAAAGAGAAGCCGAUCCUCAAGCUCCUCUUCAUCCUCCGACUCCUCUGAGGAGGAGAAGGAUAAGAAGAAGUCGAAGAAGGAGAAGAAGAAGGACAAGGAGAAAAAGAAGAAGAAGAAGGACAAAAAGAAGAAGAAAGAAAAGAAAAAAGACAAGAAGAAGGGCAAAGAGCAAGAGGUGCCAAAGGUGCCCCUGGUGCUGCCUCGGGCCGGAUCAGCUGCCGAGGAGCGUGAACGGCUGCUGCGCAUCAGUGCGGUUCCAGUCGCCGUGCCUGGCAACACGCCAGAAGUAAACGACGCUGGGCGCUUCCAGCAAGCGAAGGCGCGUCUCGAUGCGCUUCGGUCAGCGCACCAGAAGCCUGAGAAGAGCGUGCCGUAUUCUGUUCGGAAGCCCAAUUGGUAA